AAAAUUUUAUGAAAAAAUUCUAGAGAAUCAAAACUAUAUAUUUAAAUGACACACUUAACGAAGCAUUAUCAACGUUUGGUGUAAAAUGAAAGGCUUGUUACUAUUAUGUAUUAGCCCGUUUUUGCCAUUAUGUUUAACGUUGGAGAUGGACAAGUUCUUAGACAAAGGUUGCAGCAGCAAUAACGAUUUCCUACACUCAAAUGUAGAACUUCGGGAAUCCUGUUGCAGGCAACUGUUUUUCAGCGCACGAGAGCUUGUGCAGUAUAUGAAAAGAAUGGAAGAAUGGAACUGCUCUAGAUUGACUUCAGAAUGUCACCGGAGAGAUUACGCUUACACUUCAUUUUCGAAAUGCGUUUAUUCAAGAUACUGCAACAAUUCAAAUUUCAGAAAGGAAUGUUCUUCAACUUUGCUAACUGCCUUCAAAUAUAAUCAAAAAAAUUUCAGUGAUGAAGAUCCGGAAUCGAUAACGAAUAAAAUGUGGAACGAAAUGAUAACUCCAUUAGGAAGAAUAAGCCCCAAUGAUGGCUUAUUCUCGGAAUCAUGCAUACAGGUUGCAACGUAUGACUUGCCCGGAAACUACGAAGUGGUCGUUAGGAAUCUUCCUAUCUGUGGUCCCAUAUAUUGCAGAAUCAAACAGAUCGAUAAGUCAGAUGGAAAGAUUUCAUCUUGGAAGUGUAGUCACACCAGGAGGUGCCUGAUCAGUUCAAUUGUACUAAUUAGUGCUUUUGUAAUUAUGAGCGUCCUGAUCGGUACUUCGAAUUUGAUCGUGAUUAUCGUCUUCCUGAGAAACGAAAGAAUGGUGAUGAGAUCUUCAAGAAAUAAGAAAGUGAAAAACAGCCAAUCAGUCUACAAGCUUUCCAUUGCAGUCUCUGACUUGGCAGUUGGAUUGUUUGUCUGUCCUUGCUUUAUUCUUAUGUACGGACACGUAUUUCUAAAUGCAAUACAAGCCGCUGAAUACUACUUUGUUUUGAGUUUGACAGCCUCGAUAUCAUUUUGCGUGUCGUGGCUCACUUUGACAACAGCUGGGCUGGAUCGAGUAUAUGCCAUCAUGUAUCCCCUUAGAUAUUCCCAACACAAUGGCAUACGAACCGCAAAAAUGGCGGUUGUCAGUAUAUGGUUUGUGUGUAUUUGCGUGUCCGUCUUUCCCUUUCCUAUCAAAUCAGAAGACACCGUGAAGAGGAUGUCUAAAGCGUUUGUCAUGAUUUCUGAUGACACAUCAUUCAUCACCGUUGCUUGCAUACUUCUCGGAAUAAUCUGGUCAAGCGCGUUUGCAGUUUUUGCCGCCGUUAAAAAGCACAGGAAGGCAACUCUGGACCUUCUGUUUUCGUCUGACUCCAAUACACACGCGAUGAUGCAAGCUCAAAACGCAGAAGUGGAAAAGAAACUUGCUAUAACGCUUUGCAUCAUGAUCGGAGCAUUUACUGCAAGCCUUCUUCCUACUUUAAUGCUGCAUAUACUAAGCAUGGCUUCGAUGCUCGACAACCAGUCAUUUGCCACCACGACCACCCUCGAAGCAUUCGCAUUAUUGAUCCUAGUAUCAAAUAGUCUAUGGAAUUGUAUUGUUUAUAACUUCAGAAACAAAGAGUUUCGAGACGAAUUCAAAAGCUUCUUAACCUUUGAAAAGACAACGCCCAAGAAUAAAGAUGCAGGAUCCAGUUCAAUUAACUCUCAAAAUAUCGUCCAAUCAAGAUAGAAAGAGAUUUCAUUAUGAAGAGUUUAUGUUUUUUUGCUAGAUGUAAUUUUGUAUAGAUGUAAUUGUCGUUAUUUGCCACUAAAAUAAUUGCACUAAAUAGAAUUACAACCAGUUAUUCUAUUUAUUUACAAGUAGCUUGGAGCUAUAAAAUAAUACGAUGUUUCAGAGUUGAAAUCGUUUUAAAAAAAAUGCUCCAAACAUGCUAUGUAAUCAAUUCGAGAUGAGGAUGAAUACUUAAUAUGAUUUAGAAAAAUUAAAAAAGUUUGAAAUCAUAUUCAUUAUAAAUAAUAAGAUAUGCUAAGUAAACAACAUUUAUUUAAUAAGUAACAACAGUCAAUUUAUAUAAAAUUUUCAGUAAGCAUUGAUUGUGCGUGGCAUAUAAUUUUCUGAACUUGAUUUAAGUUUAUGUUUCAAAGACUAUUCCUAUAAUUUGUAAUUAUUGUUGAAAUGCUGCAUUUUUG